AUGUCAGGUCCUAUCAAAAAAGGUCAAAUCGAUCAAGCCCCAACUCCUCAGAACACUCCAGCCUCUGCUGCAGGUUCUUACAUGCCAAAAGCUGAUGCACCUUCAAUUCCAAGCACUAUCGACGAAAAGAAUGAGCUGUUGAAAGGAAUGCUAGCCAACAAUCCACAUUUACUUGCCUCGAUACAGGCCAAACUGGGACAGUUGGUGGGUACAGACUCCGGUUAUGUCGAAGGAUUAUCGAAGAAGGUGAAGCGUAAUCUGUACGGUUUGAAAAGUCUACAAGAAAAGCAGUACAAGGUUGAAGCUGAGUUCCAGGCCGAAUUAUUAGAGCUCGAAAGAAAAUUCCAGCUUUUGUACGAACCGAUUUUUGAACAAAGAAAGAAAUACGUCACUGGUGAGCUUGAGCCAAGUGAAGAAGAAAUUGAAAACGGAAAGAGCAUUUUGGAAGCUGAAGAAGACAACGAAGAGGAUGAGGAAGAGGAGGACGACAAAGAAGAAGAAAACGCCGAAACUGAAGAUAAAGGUGUCCCAUACUUCUGGCUCACCGCUAUGCAAAACUUGCCACCUAUUGCAGACAUGAUUUCUGAAAGGGACGGGGAAGUUUUAGAACAUUUGAUCAAUGUCAGGAUGGACUACAUUGACAAGCCUGGUUUUAAGUUGAUUUUCGAAUUCACCAAAAAUGAUUUUUUUAAGAACAAGGAGUUGGUCAAGACUUAUUACUACCAAAAAGAAUUAGGUUACACAGGCGAGUUUGUUUAUGACCAUGCCGAGGGUGACGAUAUUGAGUGGGUCGACAAUGCCCACAACGUCACCGUUUCUAUCGAGUUGAGAAAGCAAAGAAACAAACACACCAAGCAAGUGAGAACUAUCGAAAAAACCACCCCAACUUACUCGUUCUUCAACUUCUUUACACCUCCUGUUAUGCCUGGUAGCAAUGGUGACGAUGACGAAGGUUUCGAGGAUGUUGACGAAGAAUUGGAGGAGAGCUUGCAAAAUGAUUACUCCGUUGGUGAAUUAAUCAAGGAGAAGUUGAUUCCAAGAGCUGUGGACUGGUUCACUGGACAUGCACUACAGUAUGAGGCAGAAUUCGCGGGAGAGGAGGAUGAAGAGGAGGACUAUGAUGAUGAAGACGGAGAAGACGAGGACGAUGAUGAUGAAGCCAAUGACGAUGACGAUGACGAUGACGAUGACGAUGAAGAAGACGACACUAAGCAAAAGCCUGAAUGCAAGCAACAAUGA